AUGAGGUACCUUGGUCUCACCCUGGACAGCCAUUGGAGCUUCAGGGCUCAUUUUGAGGGGCUAGGGCCGCGGGUAGAGGGGGCGGCGGCGGUUAUGGCGCGGCUGCUCCCCAAUCUCGGCGGACCCAGAGAGGAGGUGCGUCGCCUGUAUGUCGGGGUCGUGCGGUCCAUGAUUUUAUAUGGAUCUCCAAUAUGGGCAGGAGAACUCACGGCUGGUCGCCGCAGCUGGGCGAAGGUUGAGGGUGUCCAGAGGCGACUGGCCGUGAGGAUUGUGAGAGGGUACCGCACGAUCUCCGCAAGGGCGGCGUUGGUGCUGGCGAGGGUGAUGCCCUUUGACCUCCAAGCGAAGAUGGAGGCGCGGGUAUAUUGGAAAAUACGGGAGGGCUGUGGAGGUUCCGGAGGUGACCCCUUGCCAGAGCAGGAGAUAAGAGCCCUUAGGCUCCAGGCCCGGCAGGACACUCUGGCCGAGUGGAGGAGAGGGCUGGAGGAAAGCUCCAGCCAUCGAACUGUCGGGGCGAUCCUGACCAACUGGGAUGGUUGGCUGGGGCGCGGCUGGGGAAGGUUAUCCUUCCGCCUCACGCAGGUGCUCACCGGGAAUGGGUGCUUCG